GCUUUUCCCGCCCUCUAUCCGUUCCAAGAGGAGAACGCGCGCACAUGAGAGAGAGCACGUAAGAGAUCGCGAGAAGAGACCUUUCUGGAGGCGUUUCCACCAUCCCCCCGCCCUCAGAGGCCGAGUUUUGAAAUGGUUGUGUUUCCUGAUGCAGCUGCGGGUUGCGUGAGAGAGACAGAUUAGUCCACUCAAAAUGGAAGCACCUUUAUUAAACAGCCCUACAUCUGAGCCUCAGAGCACCUCUAGCUCAGGAAAACAGCCAAUGAGUGCAACCCUUCGAGAACGGUUGAAGAAAGCAAGGCGGUCCUUUAAUUCAGCUUUCACUGUAGCAAAGCAUCUUAAAAUUAGUGAAAAAAAUGAAUGUGUUACUAAUGAAGAGAUGACUUUAUCUAAAAAAGAACCAUGUUCCAUAUCACAGUAUGAGGAUAAACACUUGGGAAAAGCAUUUGACAAAAUCAUGAAUAAGAACAGUAAUUUGCAAGAUAGAGAGCUUUGUGAGUCUGACUAUAAUAAACACAGUAAAACUGGACAAAAUUCUCCACGAGUUUUGUUAGAAAGUAACUGCAGUCAUUCAGAACUACUGGAGAAGAAGAUGAAACUGGAAAAGCAGAUUCGGGAAAAGGAGGAACUUCUUCGAAGAUUGAAGCUGGUCAAGAUGUACAGAUCCAAGAAUAACCCGACAGAACUGCAUUCACUGAUAGCAAAAUGGCGAGAAAGUGCCCAAAUAAUGCUCUAUGAGCUACAGUCUGUAUUGUCUACAGAUGGCAAGAAAUUAAGUAUUACAGAGCUGAUAGACAAUUUUGGACUAGAAGACCAGCUGCUACAUUAUAUCAGAACAGAAGAAGAUUUUAAAGAUAAUAUCUAGUAUCUCCCCAAAACAGUUUGAAGGUUUACAUCUGGUUUUUGUAUUACAUAACUGGGCUAGUUAAAAAACUGAGAUUUUGUGUAGCAAACACUAAUCUUUUUGUUUAUAUAAGAAAACAUUUUAAAAUGGGGAAGAAGAAACUGGCUGUGUUGUAGUAGAUUUGCAUACUUUCUGUUGGUUAGAACUGUGCUGUGUUGCUUACCAUGAAAUGGAAAACUUGCAUGCAUGUUUUAGCGUAAAAUAUAUACAAUAUUUAGUGCAGUGUUGUUUUAAUUCUGUUUGACAUAUAGGGAUUUCAUACUGUGUAAAUACUUGUAAUUUUCAACAUGGGGUUUCCUUUCCUGUUCAAGCAGAGCCAUCUGGGAACUGAGUAUCUAUUCAAUAUAUAUUUAAAUCAAAAA